AUGAGGAUCGAAACGUGCUAUUUCUGCUCGCAGCCUUGCUAUCCAUCCAAGGGCAUCACGUUCGUGCGCAACGAUGCCAAAGUCUUUAAAUUCUGCCGGUCAAAAUGCCACAAGAAUUUCAAGAUGAAGCGCAACCCCCGCAAGCUCGCCUGGACCAAAUCUUUCCGCCGCGCCCACGGAAAGGAAAUGACCGUAGACUCCACCCUCGCCUUUGCCCAACGCCGCAACAUCCCGAUCCGCUACAACCGCGAUUUGGUUGCCAAGACUCUGGAGGCUAUGCAGCGCGUGUCUGAGAUUCGCGCGAAGAGAGAGAGACAAUUCUACAUGAACAGGAUGAAGGGCAACAAGGCGAAGCAGAUGGAGGCCGACAGGAAAUUGGUCGCGGAGAACCAACAUCUGUUGCCUCCAGAGUACAGGGAUCAAGUACAGGAAGUGCUUGAGGAGGAGGAGUUGGAGGGCAUGGCGCUUGAUGGCGAAAAGGUCGAGCUGGAUGAGCAGGAGACUACUACCGCGGCGCCUAUCAAAUCAGCACUCAAGGGCAAGWGGAAACAGCGCAUUGUCAGAGGCGAGGGAGCGGAGGCCAUGGAUGUUGAUGGUUGA